GUGUUGGAUUAUGUGCUCUCCUUCCUGGAGGAGUUUGAAAGACCGGUCACCGACUAUAUCGGCCUCUUACGCGACGACACCAGGUCGAUGAUCUCAAGCACGAUGAAUGCAGCCUCGAGCUCUGCACGUGCGCUUUCAUCGCUCUCUUCCGUCACUUUCUUGCAUAGAGCACUGUCUGACCGAUGGUGGGUCGACUUCGAUCCGCCUCCAACGACUUCCAACAGCACUGCGGAUGUACACCCACUUUGGCGGGCAUUGGAGCAAGUUGCCACAUGGAUGGGACUCAGUGGUCUCUACCUGUCUCGUUCCGCACGAGACUGA